AUGGAUAUUUCAAAUAACGAUGCGGCAAGCUCCCCAGUCGCGGCCAGCGGCCGGCGCAAGUCUGGACGCGCUGUAAAAGCGCCAGAGAAAUUCCAACCUACACAGCUCGAAUCCGCCAGCGCGAAACGAAAACGGGGAGGAGACGAUGUAGAGAAUGACGCGUCGGAUAUUGAUGAGGAGGUGGAUGCCAGUGAUACCGCGCAAGAAAGUGCUGAGGAAGAGGAGUCCAGACCAUCGCGUAGAAAGACGAAGACUACGAGGAAACCUGCGGCGAAGAAACCAAAGGUCAAUGGCACAUCUUCGCAUGGUACUGCACCGGCUGUGCGACUUCCAGCACGUCCCAAAAAGGCGAAGAGAGUGGUCAUUGAGGAUGAAAAUGCGGAGGGGCUUUAUGCUGCGGUUUUCGUUAAUGCAGAGCCGAUUAAAGAAGCUGCGCAGGAGUGGCUCGAGAGAUAUGUACAGGACAAUGCAGCUGCUAUGACGGAAUUGGUAAACUUCAUGCUGAAGGCUGCUGGUUGUGAUGUGCAAGUUACGAUAGAUGAUAUCAACGAUUUCGAUAACGCAGCUGGUCGUCUCAGAGAUGUACAAGACGAAUAUCAAUCUGAAGUAGUAUCAGAUUACCCUCUAAUAUCUAAAGCCAAAACACACCAAGGAUUUAAAGAAUCUUUAACUGAGACAUUUCGCUACAUUGUCGAAGCAGCACACGAUUCUGGAGCUAUGUUCGAAACAGGUCUUAUGUCGUCAAUUCAUGUAUGGGCGGUUCCUAUGACUUCUUCGGGCUCGCGUCCAUUUCGACAUACGGCUACACUCAUCACAAAUACUGUGUCAACUGCGUUAUGUUCUGUGGCGGCUACAGAGGCGCAAGCUCAUGCGAAUACCUUACGCCAAGCAGAAGGCGAGAAGAAGAAUAAGAGGGGAAAUAAAGCACGACUUGCUGAUCUAGAAAAGAAGGCAGCUAAGAUCGAGGGCAGGCUCGAGUUUGUAAUGAGUGAGAUCAAAGACUUCUUCGAUUCAGUAUAUGUUCACAGAUAUCGCGACAUAGAUGCGAGGAUCCGGACGGAGUGUAUAGAAGGGAUGGGAACUUGGAUCAUGACUCUGCCCGGCGAGUUUCUUGAUGGUAAUUAUCUUCGGUACAUGGGCUGGUUGCUAUCGGAUGAGGUUGUCAGUGUGCGGCAUGAGGUCCUGAAGCAACUUGAGAAAAUACUUCGAGACUCGGCAAAUAUCCAGGGGAUGCAUACAUUCAUUGAACGAUUUCGAGUCCGGAUUGUUGAAAUGGCAACUUCAGAUGCGGACGCCACAGUACGAGCAUCAGCGGUAAAUGUGGUAGAUCAGAUACGGGCCCACGGAUUGUUAGAGCCGGACGAUAUUGACGUUAUUGGGAAGCUUAUUUUUGACUCGGAGCCAAGAGUUCGAAAAGCGCUCGUGGGUUUCUUCUCGGCAAACCUGAAAGACGCUUUUGAUGCGAAAAUCGAGGAGCUUGGUGGCGAAGAAACCGUUGAGGAGUUCUUGCAACUAGAGGAUGAGGAAAAUUAUGAUGUUCCACGGACUACAUGGAUACGAUUAAAGUGUCUAGCCGAAAUUCUCCAGAGUUACGAUAUACAAGAUCAAGACGAAAUGCCUAGUCAAAUCGACCCUGGAGCUUUUCUCAACGUCUCGGUUUCUGAGUCUCGAUUCACACUCGCGGCCCAAGUGCUUUAUGAUAAAGUCGAGGACUUGAAGGAUUGGGAAAUUUUGGCCGGAUAUCUUUUGUUUGAUCAUACGACCGAGCCUAGCCGCGAUAAAUCUGAACGUGCUAUCCAGGAAUCGUUCAAGCCUGUCGAAGGGGAAGAGCUGAUUCUGCUAGAGGUACUCAACGCGGUCGUCAAAUUAAAACUCUCGCAGACAGAUGAGUCGGAUCACAAAAAAAAGAAGAGUGGUAAACACGAGCCAACUGAAGCACAAGAAAAUACCGCACGACAUUUGGCAAGUUUGAUACCUCGAUUACUGAGAAAAUACGGAUCGGACGCCAAGACUGCUACUGUGGUGCUACGGAUGGAACAUGCUCUUAACCUGGGAGUCUUUCAGGAAUUGAGACAAGAUUCUACGACUUACGCAAAUCUUCUAGGCGAGAUUAGCUCUCAGUUCAGCAGACAUACCGACAGGACUGUCUUGACCGAAGCUGCGGCUUGUUUUAUACAUGCUCUCCAGUAUGAAGAAUUAGAAGAAUUGGCGCAGUCGAGUUUACAAUCGUUGUGGGAAAACACAACAAGUGCUUUACAGAAAUUAAGUACGACAGGUCAAAUGUCAGUUCGUGGUGGUCUUCGAGAUAGGGAUCUCAAAGCUCUGUCAUUGGUUGUGACCAGGCUUGAACUCUUAUCAAGUACUUCUAGUUGCAUUGAACCAUUUGAAAGUAGUUCCGACCCAUCGGCUCCUCUUCCAAUCCUAAUCCUUCUCGACAUCAUCGCUCGCGGAAUAUACGAAGACUCUGAUGAUCAAGAACUCGAUGACCAGGAAGAUCAAGUUGUGAUUUCAGCCAUCAAGUCAAUGAUGUUCUACUUCAUGUGGAAAAUCAAAGACCUAGAAGGCCGUGUCGCAAUCGACGACGAGAUUCCCGUCGAAGAAAUCGAUCAGCUGAAAGAAUGGCAAGACAUCUUCGUCACCAACCUCGUCGCCGCCUUCUCCUCCCGCGAUAGUCCAGAUGCCGUCCGUCUCCUCGGCGCCGGCACAGUCCUCGACGUCUACGCCCUCUUCACAACUCUCCGUCCCCUCAUGCAAGGCACAAACAAAGAUGCAGAACAAACCUACACGCAUCUCUCAACCCUCAUCUCUGAGAUCAAUCCAGAGGUCAAAGCGGAACUCACAUCUUUCUUCAUCUCCCUCGAACGCGAACACGCCAAGAAAUCGCGCAAGAAACUUGAAGCGCCCGCCGAUGACGAGGAUCCGGAGGAUAUAGACGAGGAUCCUGAGGAUGAGGAACAAGAACCUGAAAACGAGUAUGAGCGCUUGAGCGAGGCGUUGAACGCGGAGAAACAGCUUUGCGAACUCACUGCGAAGUUGGUGCUUGCGAUCCUGGCGGGCUCGAUCGAUGCAGCGGAGCCGGGGAAGGGGAAGUUAAAGAAGAGGUUGGUGCGGAAUAAAGCGAAUCUGGGACCGAAUUUCAAGGGGGUGUUGGGGUUUCUGGAGGGCAAGGUGAAGGCAAAGAGUCAUAAGAGUAAGGCGCAACAGGCUGCGCAGAAGGAAAAGGUGAAGAAGGGAGGGAAAGGGGAGUCGAGUGAGGCGAGGGUUGUUGAGGAAGAUGAGGAGGAUGCGCUGGAGGAUGUGGAGGUUGAGGAGGUGGAGGAGGGGGAUGUGAAUGAUGGGGAAGUGGAAGCGGAGGGUGAAGCCGAAGCGGAGGCGGAAGCUGAAGAAGAAGAUGAUGAUGAUAUCAUGGGUGAUUGA